AUGAUCGUGCAGCAACACCACGAAAAGAUGUGCCACCAAAACGCGGAGGCGACGAUCGGAUCGAUUCGGAGCAAGUUCUGGAUAACGAACUUGCGGAGACUGCUACGGAGGGUGGUGAGCAAAUGCAACGUUUGCAAGCUGCGGAAGGCACGACCCACACAGCCUGAGAUGGGCCCCCUGCCUGCGGAUCGGCUAGAGGCCAACGGAUGGCCAUUUAAGUUUACUGGCCUGGACAACUUUGGGCCGCUCUUUGUGAGUAUUGGACGUCGCACAGAGAAGAGGUGGGUGGCACUGUUUACGUGCCUGACCACGAGGGCUAUCCACUUGGAGAUGGCUCACGAUUUGUCCACCGACUCCUGCAUAAUCGCCAUGAGGAACUUCAUGAGCCGCCGUGGACCAGUGGUCAGGAUAAGGAGCGACAAUGGGAAGAACUUCGUUGGAGCCGACCGCGAGGCCAAGAGGUUCAGCGAAGUGGUCGAGCCUGCACAGAUCCAGGGCGAGCUGUCGUCUAAGGGAGUCGAAUGGAUCUUCAACUGCCCGGCGAACCCAGCUGAAGGCGGUGCCUGGGAGAGGAUGGUGCAGUGCGUGAAGAAGGUGCUGGCGCACACAAUGAAGGAGCUCGCGCCCAAGGAGCAUGUAAUGGAGAACCUGCUGAUUGAGGCGGAGAGCAUCGUGAACACUCGUCCGCUCACUCAUCUACCGGUGACGGUGGACCAGGAGGCUCCACUGACGCCUAACGAUUUGCUGAAAGGAGCAUCGGGUAUACCAGAUCUCCCCAAGGAUGAUGGACAGGAGCCCGUGAGAUCCGCUACUAGGAAGCAGUGGCGCAUAGCAAGGAUGAUGCGCGAUCGCUUCUGGAAGCGUUGGGUGCAUGAGUACCUGCCAACUCUUGUGCGCAGGGAGAAAUGGUGCAAGCGCGUCGAGCCCAUCCGUCGAGCCCAUCCGUCGAGGAGACGUGGUAUUCAUCUGCGAUCCAGCCAUACCACGAAGGGAAUGGAAACGAGGCGUCGUGGAAGAGGUGUUCACCGGGAAGGAUGGAGUACCUCGUCGAGCAGCGGUGCGGACUACCGACCGAGCCAAGACGACUAUGCGUCCCGCUUCGAAGCUAGCUGUUCUGGACGUGGUGAAUGCGGCUGCUUCACGGGGGUGGGGAUGUCGCGGAACGGAUUAGGCUAUCGAUAG